CAAAAGAUGAAAAGCUUCUUCCGUCCACUUGGACAGGAGACCACCGCAAUUCAACGGUGAAUUGUGAAAGCUAACGCUUUGUUCUAUUUUCAAGCCAAUAACCAACGAACACGGUAGGAUUAACUCGAUUUGUUCAGUGUGAUCGCUCUCGCUCGCACGAUUAUUUCAACAACUUCGAAUUCGUAUUGUCAUCGUUGUCCGUUGAUGAAAACAUCACAAUUCAAUGCAAUUUCGCAAUAGAGUCUAUACAAGGUUCAAGAGGGUCAAGAGUGCUCCCAUUGCGCCACCUGCUCAAAUUUUUUCGUUCCUCUCAUUUCAAUGCUAACUUGCGCAGUGUGGUUUUCUCCUUUUUAAAUCAAUUGCUGCUGCUGGUGGCUGGCUUUUCACAGUUGAUGCUUCCAAGCCCACAACAGAUCACGAAACGAGCUGAGCAAAUCGGUUGACAUUGCCAGAUUGGUGAUUAAUUAACGAGAGAAAUAAAAGAGAAAGAAUGGAGCCUGAAUCCCAACCUUCAACAUUUCUAGGGUUGUCAGUUCUUCCGAUUUCUAUACUUUCAAUUGUGCUCGGAGGUCUUCUUGUUCUCUUGUUCUUCGGUGAUUACUUCAAGAGGAAAAGAUCCGAAGUUCAGACCAUUGCGAAACCUGAACCGAAUGCGGCGCAGAAGCCUUCAAAGCCUACCCAGCCAAUAUCGAAGAAACUACACUCGAAAUCUCACUCGCAUGCUACUGAAAAGUUUCAGGAUCAAAGCAAACGUCAUCAUCCAUUGGAUGUGAAUACUCUGAAAGGUCAUGGUGAUUCAGUCACUGGUCUAUGCUUCUCAUCCGAUGGCCGGAACUUGGCGACGGUUUGUGCAGAUGGAGUGGUUAGGGUGUUUAAGUUGGAUGAUGCUUCAAGUAAAAGCUUCAAGUUUUUGAGAAUUAACUUGCCUGUUGGAAGUCAUCCAACUGCAGUUGUCUUUUCCAAUGGAGCAUCAUCUUUGGUUGUGGCUGCACAAACUCUUUCUGGUUCUUCUUUAUAUAUGUAUGAAGAAGGAAAUGUGAAAACUGCUAGUGAAACUAAGCAGCAAUCCAAGCUACCCCUCCCAGAAAUUAAAUGGGAGCAUCACAAAGUCCAUGAUAAAAGGGCUAUCCUGACUCUGGUUGGAACUAGUGCAACUUAUGGCACUGCGGAUGGGAGUACAAUUAUUGCAUCGUGUUCAGAAGGUACUGAUAUUAUACUUUGGCAUGCAAUGAGUGGGAAGAUAUUUGGGAAUGUUGACACAAAUCAGCUCAAAAACAACAUGGCUACUAUAUCUCCAAAUGGACGUUUUAUUGCUGCUGCAGCAUUUACUGCAGAUGUGAAAGUUUGGGAGAUUGUAUAUUCAAAGGAUGGUUCAGUUAAGGAGGUUUUGAAAGUUAUGCAACUGAAAGGGCAUAAGAGUGCAGUUACUUGGUUGUGCUUUUCUUCAAAUUCAGAACAAAUUAUUACAGCAUCAAAAGAUGGUUCAAUAAGAGUGUGGAAUAUUAACGUUCGUUAUCAUCUUGAUGAGGAUCCAAAGACUUUGAAGGUUUUCCCAAUACCACUUCAUGAUUCAAAGGGGUCCACCUUGCACUAUGAUCGUAUGAGUAUCUCACCUGAUGGAAAGAUACUAGCAGCCACCCAUGGUUCUACAGUGCAGUGGCUAUGUGCUGAAACAGGAAAAGUCCUGGAUACAGCUGAUAGUGCACAUGAUGGUGAUAUCACAGGUAUCGCAUGGGCACCAAAAAGCAUUAUAAUGGCGGGUACAUCUUCAACAAUUUUAGCAACAGCUGGUGCUGACAAGAAAGUGAAGCUUUGGGUGGCUCCACCCCUCCAUCCAUCCUAGGGAAUGGAAUCUCUAGAUGCAUUGCAAUCAACGGAAAGAACAAGCGAAUCUGGACAUACAUAUACUUCAUGAGAUUGUGUCCUACCCUUGCCCAAGUGUCAUUACACCCGUAAAGCAGAAGGAUACGAGUAAAUGUAUUGACCUCGUUCGCACUUGGUCAAGUUUUUUUGAAAGAUCUUGAUGAUUAGGCAACUUUGGUAAAAGUAACAUCCAGAUUCCAACAGUGGUCUCACAUCAAUUGAUGAACUUGAGUUUUUUUUUUUUUAUGUGAUAAAAAUGAACAAGAUUACAUAAUAGUGUCGUAUUACUCGUCGACUCUGUAUGUCCUCGUGCUUUGCUAAUUAAUUGAUACUCAUUUUUGUUUUAGUGCCGAGUCAGUCAGUUGCCUCAGAAUAGACAAAACUGAGGUGAUUGGAUUCUUUUCGGUAGUUGGUAGCAUGGAAGUACUAUACAGGCCGUGUAUGAUGUAUCGACUAAAAGCUUCCAAUUUUAUGGUGUUAACUUUUGAA